AUUCUGUGUCCAGUAUAAACACUAAUACUGAUUAUUAGUGAUAACUUUGUGGUUAAUUAUAUAUCCAGUAAUAAUAAUGGCGUCCAGUAAUCAAAAAGCGUUGACAGUAUUGAAGAUCGUGAUGGAAGUGCUGUACGUGUUGUUCAUUAUUGCCUGUAUUUAUCUAAUAGUGAGGUCGAGUAUAGCGCUGUCCGACACUGUCAACGAACCAAAGGACCUUAGAGAAAUUAGAGAAGAGCAAUGGUGUAUUACUUGU